UUGUCCUUUCAGGAUGGACUUUGACGAUGAGGACGGCGAAGGCCCCAGCAAGUUCUCCAGAGAGAACCACAGUGAGAUCGAGCGGCGGCGGCGGAACAAGAUGACGCAGUACAUCACGGAGCUGUCGGACAUGGUGCCCACCUGCAGCGCGCUGGCCCGCAAGCCCGACAAGCUGACCAUCCUGCGCAUGGCCGUCUCCCACAUGAAGUCCAUGCGCGGCACCGGCAACAAGUCCACCGACGGCGCCUACAAGCCGUCCUUCCUCACCGAGCAGGAACUGAAGCACCUCAUCCUGGAGGCGGCCGACGGGUUUCUGUUCGUGGUGGCGGCCGAGACGGGGCGGGUGAUCUACGUGUCGGACUCGGUCACGCCCGUGCUGAACCAGCCGCAGUCCGAGUGGUUCGGCAGCACCCUGUACGAGCAGGUGCACCCCGACGACGUGGAGAAGCUGCGGGAGCAGCUGUGCACCUCGGAGAACUCCAUGACAGGCCGGAUCCUGGACCUGAAGACCGGGACGGUGAAGAAGGAGGGGCAGCAGUCGUCCAUGCGCAUGUGCAUGGGCUCCAGGCGCUCCUUCAUCUGCAGGAUGAGAUGUGGGAAUGCUCCAUUGGACCACCUGCCUCUGAGCAGAAUCACCACCAUGAGGAAGAGGUUCAGGAACGGGCUGGGGCCUGUGAAGGAAGGGGAAGCCCAGUACGCCGUGGUCCACUGCACCGGCUACAUCAAGGCCUGGCCCCCGGCAGGAAUGACCAUCCCCGAGGAGGACGCCGAGGUGGGACAGGGCAGCAAGUACUGCCUGGUGGCCAUCGGCCGGCUGCAGGACCUGCUGGGGAAGGACAUCCUGGAAUUCUGCCACUCGGAGGACCAGAGCCACCUGCGGGAGAGCUUCCAGCAGCCACCAGCGGCGGCGACAGAUGUUGACGAAGGGAAGUGGCUCAUUUUUGCAAAAGCGCGGAAGGCGCUGGUCUGCAGGCAGCUCCAGCAGCAGCAGGCGGAGCUGGAGGUGCACCAGAGAGACGGGCUGUCCUCCUACGACCUGGCACAGGUUCCCGUCCCCAGCCUGCCGGCGGGCGUGCACGAGGCCGGGAAGGCCGUGGACAAGGCCGACGCCAUCUUCUCCCAGGAGCGCGACCCCCGCUUUGCGGAGAUGUUCGCGGGGAUCGGAGCAUGUAAGUGUGGGUCCGGGAGAGACAGACGAGCCUCCCAUGGGGCCAGGGCCGGACGGGGAGCACCCACUGAUGGUGCAGGGGCAGGACAGAGUGUGAGCUCCUCCGUGGUUCACGUGCCCGGGGUGAAUGACAUCCAGUCCUCGUCCUCGACCGGCCAGAACAUGUCCCAGAUCUCCCGGCAGCUCAGCCAGAGCCAGGUGGCCUGGACCGGGAGCCGGCCCCCCUUUCCCGCACAGGUACGCGGGGCUGAGGUUUCUCAGCGCCUCUUCCCUCUGGCUCUGAGCGGCCCGUGGUGGCCUCGGCGACUGGCUGCCUAG